UCUAAAGAUCUUUUAAAGAUUCAUACAAUCAACUUUCUGACCAGAAGCUGAAAUCUACAGCAGCCAUGAUCGUGGCAGAAGCUGGAUUUUUGUUUUUGGGUUUCAUUCUGUGUCUCUCAGGUGUUAAUGGAGGAGAAACCAGGAUCUGUGCUCUCAAAGGUUCAUCAGUGGAUCUGCACUGCUCACAUCAACAUCUGACCUCAAGCAGCAAAUGGUUCACUAUAGACUGGGAUGGUUAUAAGUAUGUUCAGAGUGAGCUCUCUGUGGAUGGACAACGUGUAACGUACAACAUGCCAGAAGAGAAAAAAACAACUUUAACCAUCAUUGAUCUAAGAGAGAGUGAUGCAAACACUUACUGCUGUAUGAAGACUACAGACAGUCCAGGACGCUGUUGGUACAAAAGAAUUACUCUUCAAGUUGUUGCAGAGCUGCAGGUAAAGGUGAUUCCUGCCACAGAGGGACAGACAGUAACACUGAUGUGCAGCAGCAGCUGUCCUCUGACUGAAAAGCCUGCAGCCUACAUCUGGUACAAGAACAGAGAGUUUCUCUAUGAGGACUGGUCUCCCUGGUACCAAGAGCUGCUCAGCAGUGAGGAAGCAGUCACAUACUCCUGUGCUGUCAAAGGCUACGAGCAUCUCAGAGCCCCUCGAAGUCUCUAUUCCCUCACAGAGACCUGCUUCAGUGUGACCUAUGCUAAGGGAUGUCUUACAGAGCCAGUGAUGAGGUCCAUCACAUAUCCCAGAGAGGUUCGUGUUCAAAAAACCUCCUACACAUCAGAUAGUGUCACACUGACCUGUAACAGCACCUGUAAGCUGUUUGACCCUGAAACUGCCUACAUGAGCUGCAGAAACACAACCAGAAACUACAAGAAUCAACAAUGUUUAACUCACAACAAUUCAACAUACAGGUUCUCUUGUGCUGUAAAAAAACACAAGUACCUUGAGUCUGCAGAAGUCUGUGUUCGGGAUAAAAACUGCCGGAGAGUGAAUUAUGUCAGCAGGAGAAUCUGUGCUCUGGAAGGAUCUUCAGUCAACAUCACAAGUGAAUACUCACAUCCUGAUAACAGGAAGCCAGAGUUUAAAUGUUGGAGUAAAAAAUGGAGAAAAGAUAAAGUGGAAGUUGAAGAGCUGAUUGAGGCUGCAGGUGGUGUGGAGUAUCAGGACAACAUGAAGAACCAACACAUCCUGACCAUCAACAACCUGAAGAAGAAUGACUCAGGAGGAUACACAUUCAGAUUCAAGAGAGAUCAUGAAAGAUGGAGACAGUCUGAUCUGCCUGGAGUCUUUUUGAUUGUCACAGAGCUGAGAGUGAAGAUGAGUCCUUCUGCAGUGGUGACAGAGGGUCAGAGAGUCACACUGACCUGCAGUACCAGCUGUCCUCUGACUGACAACACAAACUACAUUUGGUACUUGAACAGUCGACCUCUGACCCCGAGAGAGAACCAGAACAAACAUCUGAUCCUAGACCCAGUCAGCAGGGAGGAUGCAGGAAGCUACUCCUGUGCUGUGAAAACCAACAAAGAUAUCAGCUCUGCUCCAAAGACUCUCACUGUCCAAAGUAUCACAGGAACAUGGACACCAGCAGCUGCAGGAGUUUCUGCAGCUCUGCUGGUUUUAAUACUUCUCACUGUCUGCUGGUGUGUUAGGAAAACGAGGACUUUCAGUCAACCUCCAAGAAGGGAAACUUCACACAACGAACAGCAGAUGAACCCUGACCUCAUGUAUGAAAACAUCUCAACUCAGUCAGCAGAGCAGGAUGAUCAUCACUACAGCAGACUGCACUUCAAUGACAACCACACAGCUGAUCUCUACUCCACCAUCAACCCACUGCCUGCUCACUAAAGAAAAGACUAAAAACAUAUAGCAGCCAUGAUGGUGACCAAAGCUGGAGGCUUGUUUUUGGGUUUCAUUCUGUGUCUUUCAGGUAAAAAUAAUUUGUUUCUCUUCCUCCUGAAGAUGUUGCUGGAAUUCUGUAUCUUCAAUGUAAAUGCAAAAGUUAUGAAAUUAUUUUAGAAAACAGGAAGUUUACUGUUGUUUUCACCUGUUGUUUCUCUUCCUGCUAUGUUCUCUCAAUUGUAUUAAAG